AUGUUUCUGUGCUUGAACUUUAAUGAAGCAGCUUCGGCCUCAAACCAAGCUGUGAACGAGGUUCCUUUUAUAAGUCAGAUUAAUGAGUUAAAUCAAUUCGUUUCUGAUCGUACACAUAACAACGAAGCUGACAUUUUGGAACAAUUACAACGGCUGGAGUCUCACGGCAAGAAGAGAAACAGAAAAGUUGAUUAUUGGUUGAAUGAACUACACAACUUGACAAACAGUGUUAAGGAUACGCAUAAGAAGCAGAAGCCUCUGGACUUGUCAAACGAAUUCAUCAGUAAUGGUUUUGAGAAAAAUGUUAGUAAGAUGUGGGAACUUUUGAGAGAUGAUAAAGUCUUGGUCAUUGGCGUACAUGGAAUGGGGAGAGUGGGCAAAACUUUGCUAGCAACUUAUAUGGAGAGUGAAAUAAAAAAGAAAUCUUUCAAUGACGUCUUUUGGAUUUCUGUUUCUCAAGAAUGUAGCAUUUCAAAACUGCAACAUGACAUCGCAAAAAAAAUAAGAGUAAAGCUUGAUGAUGAAGAUGAUGAGAAACAAGAGCAACAAAUUUAUGCUAAGAAGGUAGGAAUUCCUCUUGGAGUGAUUGGAAUUAAACUAAUUGUCACAAGUCGCUUGAAAAACUUGUGUCAGCAGAUGGAUUGUCUGUUAGAUAACAUGAUCAGAGUAGAUCCUCUAUCUUACACAGAAGCUAUGAAGUUAUUUUUACUAAAACUUGGACAAUGCAUUGUAAAGAGAUGUUAUGGUUUACCACUUGAAAUCAGCAAGAAGGCCGUAAGUAUGAAAGGGCGGGAUCACGUUCGUUGGUGGGAUCAUGAAUUAAAGAAAAUUAGAAAAAUGAAAAUUAGAGAAGAGAUCUUGAAUGUGUUAAAGCUCAGCUAUGAUAAUUUAGUGAAAAAGAAAAUGCAAAAUUGUUUUUUACACUGUGCAUUAUUACCCAAUGACAUUGAAAAACGAGAAGUGAUUAUGAAGCUAGUUGAAGGUGGAGUCUUAAAUGGAAAAAGGAGUUUGGAGGAAAUAUUUAAGGAGGGACAUAUCAUACUGGAUAAUCUCAUAGAUCAUUCUAUGUUGAUGAAUAGUGCAGAAUAUGAUUGGGAGGACGAAGAUUAUUAUAUAGCAAUGAAUGGUUUGUUGAGGAAGAUGGCAUCUCAUCUCUUGAAAGAGAGAGGGAGUUACACAGUGAAAUGUGACGAAGAACUGGAAAAGAUACCUGACAUGCUGGAAUGGAAAGUAGAUUUUGGAACGGUACAACUUCCUGGUAUAUGUCUAGGUAAUGCUCUGUCUCUGUCACCUCACCCUCUUUCUUCCCUGGACACCAUUGUUAUUGAGAAUUGCACGGGACUAGAGAACUUAUUUUGUUUAUCUGACUUUUGCUGUGGUCCUGUGUGGUUGAAUGGAGGCAGAGACUUCAAGAACAAACUUGUUAACUUCAAGAGCUUAAUGCUGGAAUUAUCAUCACUGUUACUCACUGCAAAUAUCUCCUUCAUUGAAUUGCAAUCGCUUACAUUUAUUAUCUGCAAGUUAUGUUUUGUAGGUGUGGCAGAAAAUUUGGUGUGA